AUGCACUACAUCACACCAGCCCGACUUGCCCGACCUGGCACUGGGUUCAACGAUAAGAAUUUCCCUUGGAAACUUAUGCCAGCAGCCCUCGUGCAAGCCAAUCUUUGUAUCAAAGGAUACCCAGCUCACAAAUGUCUCUUACCAGGGGAAACUCACAACGAGAUUUCCAAGAAGAAAGCGGCAGUGAUUGCCUCUGAGAAACCUGUAGUCACAGGCGAAGCUCCUUCAUCUGAUUGGGCGCAUUCUGGUGCCCGACAACUCUUUCUUGAUGGCCACACAGAUUACAACGGCCCUGCUCGCCUCAAGCCCAGCGGUGCAACCACCAAAAUCAAGAAGGGUAAUAAAGUGCCUAAGGCUCCUCCUCUGCCCUCCAUUGAUGAAUCAGACAACGAUGACCAACCUGGACCUUCUGCUCCCAAGCGUGCACCUCAGGCCAUCCUCCGGAAACCACACAUGCGCAUGGAAGUUAUUCCGCCUCCAUUCCCAUUCCCACUACCACUACCCUCACGUCCUUUCAAAGUUGUGCCUAGGCCAGCUGCCCCUCAAGCUCGGAGUGAUAUUAUCGAACUAACGUCCACUGACGAAAAACCCUCCGAAGAACCUGACACGGAAUACGAAGAAGCAGCACGUGGGAAGAGGAAGCUCAAGUCAGCAAACACAUCGCGUGCGUCAAAAAAGCUUGCCCCAUCAACAGACAAGACUGACACUUCGAAAGCGGGGAAGAAAGGAGUACAGACGAAGAACAACCCCCAACCCAAGGUGCAGGCAUCAAACCCUUCUCCAACAAAGGGCGGACCACUAUCCCCAUUGAUGGUGGGUUCAUCGAGCAUGGCAGCCUCACCAGAAAGUAUGGUAAUGCGACUUCGAGAUGGACCUUCAAAUGACUCGGAGGACAUGAAGAUCUACACUCUAGAACGUGUCAAACCACGGCCGGCCACCAAAGGCUCUAAGUGUACAAUGAAGCGUGCCCUUCGUACUGUUCAUGUCCAGGCAGAUGUUUCAGAGGGAGCAGUGCUACACAAUAAAGUUCCGGCAGGAGAUACACAGGAGGAAGAACUAGCUUCUGCUGUCACGCCUAGUAUUCCCAACCAACAGCCCGAUGUCCCUCGUAUUCCCAUCCAACAGCCUGAUAUCCCUCGUGCCCAGACUCCUCAUGGCUCAGAGCUGUCUCAUGAUGCCCCUCAUCUCCAGACUCCUCGUGACUCGGAGCCUCCUCGUGAUGGACCUCAUCCCCAGAUUCCCUGUGGCUCGGAGCCUCUACAUGACCCACCACGCAACCUUCAUGAGAUUCCCCAUGAUCAUCAUCGUGAUCCUGGCGAGGCCCUAUACAACCAUCAUGAGCAUUCACGCAACCCUCGUGAGCCUCUACAGUACCCUCAUGAGCCUCUACAGUACCCUCGCGAGCCCCUCUGGCAUGACCCUCGUGGCACCCUUCGCAACCCUCGGGAUGAUAUCCAACAAGACCCUCGUUAUCCUUCCCGUGCUAAUUCUCAUGACCCUAUGCACCCAUAUGACCAAUGUUACCAUGGGCGUCAUCAUGAGGUCCAGAAUCAGCAUGAGGCAACUCCAAUUAUCAACCGCGACUCUCUCCACCCCCACGACGCCUUUUACCCACGUGAUUCUCGUCCCACCCGCUCCCUUGGUGGUUACCCACCUCCAGAUAAUUACGGAUCCACUGAGGUUCGCACAGAGAGUGAUUUGAACACUCGAGAUAGCUCUCCUGCAUCGGAUUUACUUGGUCACUUUAGUCAUGGCUAUACUCGUGAAGCUGGAUAUAGUCGACGUGAUGACCUCGAUGAGCGCAGGCAUUUAUUAGCUCCCUAUCGUCCAGUUGGUCCAUACCGUAACGGAGGAUACCCACAAGACAGAAGAUACCACAAUUCGAGGUGGACAGACCAUGAUGAUCCCUAUGUCCGUGAUGCCGUGCCACGAUCCAGUCGUGAUGCACACAACCAGCCCCGAGGACCUCCCUCUUAA